AUGAUUUCGACGUUAUACCACAUCAAUGAGACGGAAGUCAGAAUUCAAAACCAACUAGAGCGCUUUAGAGAGAAGGUGAAUCAAGGACUAGAUUUCAUCAAUGAAAUGAGGCAGUGGUUUAAGACUACUGACAUGAACAAACUAAAUAUCAACAUUCUAAGUUCAUAUCAAGUAGCCACGAAUUUCCUAGAUGAAUUAAUUGAGUAUCACGCACGACUACUACAUGUACAGUAUAAUGAAGGUACACUUUACAACCUGAGCUUACCUGCCCAUGUCCUAGAAGCGAUUGAAGAUGCCAAUAAAAAGCUGCCGGGACAUUUGAAAAUAUCACCAUUUCCAACUGUUAAAAUGGAGAUAGAAUAUACAGAACAAACCAUGCAAGUCUUUAGCUCUUUCGUGAUCAUAGAUAUAACAGAAUAUGAUCUCGUUCGAGUAACACCAACUCCGCUUCCAAGAGCGAAUAGAUCAUUCUGCAUAUUUGAUAUACCCAGAAAUUUACUUGCAGUAAACUAA